AUGAGUCCUUAUUUAAGGCCUCUUUGUUUGUUCAAUAGAAUUUGUAAUUUUAAGUACAGCCUGAAAAAAGCAGUUGUUUACUAUCAGCCUUUACAAACUGAAGAUAAUAUCGACUGGGCGUCUUUUGCAUUUCAAAAGGAUGGGUAUAAAGGUUACAAAGCUCCUUGCCAACUCUGCAAGUUUAUGUUCCAGAACUUAUCGGGCUUCCCAACUGAGAGUGAUAACCAGCGGGAGGAAUCAUUUUUGGCUGCAUGUGCUGAGUAUGCUCCCAUUAACCAGCAUCUCUCAGAAGCAGAAGAUGACAUAUGGGUGGAUUUAGCGCUGACAAAAUACCGGGAUCAAUGUGCAAAAUUAUUUAAAGACUUUAAAAAAAUCUUGAAAGAAUGCAGAAAAGUUCGGGAUGACAAGUCCAGUGAUAUCGGACAGUAUUAUGAAGUGUAUAACAAGCAUGUGAAAGAAAAGGUACAUAUUUUGGGUGUAAAACCAAGAUUCGAAUUC